CGCUCUGGUCAGUAGGCUCUGAACGAUUCGUCAGUGUUUCACUAGAGGCUUGCUUGAUUAUAUUUAUAGUGGUCACGAUGGAAUGUGAUGAGUGAACCCCGAAAAGAACAAUUGGUUGGAGGAUGAGUGAUGGCAUCAAAUUAUACAGAACUAUCGAACAUCCCUAGUACGACACUGACACGAUUACAAAGCACACUUGACCGACAAGAAGUGAAGAGCGAACGAUUCCGGAAGGAACCAAUUGGCUAUGAUAUUUUCUUUGCGACAUCCAGUGACAGGAGAGAUCCUCAUUGCAUGGCAGGCGUACGUCGCAUCCAAUUCAGAUGAACUAACUUUGAAAGAAGGAGAUAUAGUCGAGCUUCUAGACACCAAGGAUCCAGUUUCAUCCGCAAAGCGGAUAAAACUCGAUCCUGACUUAGACGCCGUCUCCGCUGAGCUAUUGGACAACUCCGCUGCACGCCACAAACUUUCCGUAAAGCCGAAGAGAAGACAUGCCAGCUCCAGACAUUCCCCCACUAGGUUAAAUAUAAAUCAAAGAUGGCUUGUAAGAGAGGUGAGUGGAGGCAGAAGGCAAGGAUGGGUCCCGUGCAAAAUCCUGCAAACCGCUGACGAUCCUGCUCUCGGCACCACAGGCUUGCCUGGAGAUGCAGAAUUUAGAAGACGGGCCGUUAUCAAGGAACUGGUAGAGACUGAACAGGAAUUUGUAAGAGACUUGGACCAAGUGGUUCAGAACUACCUUAUCCCCACCGAAUCCGGAAAGGUUCCGAAGGUCAUCAAGAACAACUUCGACGUCGUCUUCGGAAACCUGAAGGAAAUCGCUGAAUUUCACAGGACGGUGUUGAUGGAAGGUGUGAAGUACUAUGCCAAAGAACCGCUCCUGUUGGGAAAGACGUUUCUUAGGUUGGAGAGGGAUUUCGACAAGCAUGUGCACUACUGUAGGGACGAACCCCUGGCCCAAGAGUUUUUGGAUACCUGCGACGAAGCGUAUGACUAUUUCGCUGAGUUGACACAACGCCUGGGUGACGACAAAACUAUUUCCGAGCAUUUGAAACUUCCGAUACAACGUAUAAACGACUAUCAGCUUCUGUUAAAGGAGCUGGUAAGGUAUAGCGCGUGUCUUGGUGAGAACAACUCCGAUCUCCAGAAGGCCUUGGAUUUGAUGCUAAGUGUCCCUCACAGGGCACAAGACGACAAGUUUACUUCGAGCAUCGAAGGUUACCGCGGGAGCAUCCACAAGCUUGGCCGCCUCCUUGCUCACGAUAGGUUCUCCAUCACGUUUGGAGAUAUCACCAAGGAAAGGUACCUUUUUCUCUUUAAGGCACGGAUCCUUAUCUGUAAGGUACGGAGGAUAUCCGAGGACAGGUCUAUUUUUCAACUCAAGGAUACUAUAAGGCUAACCCACGUCGAAUUAAAGGAUCAUCCGGACGACAACCACGUUUUUGAAUUGGUGGACAAAGUCGGUGGGCAGUCGCUGAUUCUUAAAAUACACAGGAACGUAAAGGAAUUCUGGUUAAAGGAAAUACGAGAAUUCGCCAGCGACUACGGUGACACCGACGAAACUGUAAGCGACGAGUUUUUGGUAGAAUCAGCCCUAACAGAAAAUUCCCAAACAAACAAAGAAGCGGAUUCCCUAUCCAGCGAGAAACAACCAGCAGUCCUACAGAAACCAACAGAGCAGUCAAAACCACAAGCCAAACCACCCGACAUCCAAGUUGAAGAAUCGGAUCAGCCGCCAGCGAAAAAAUUUGCUGCUGACCCCACUAACCAACCAAAACCAGACCAACUAACCGCCGCAAAACCCAAACUACCUGGCCAAACAAAGGAACAGGAACGACUUGUACAGGAAUUAAAAUCAGCAGUUGUCAAGACUAAACUCGAAUCCAAAGUAAGUGAGCAAACCAAAGAGUUAAAAUCUGAAGUCAAACCAAAAGACCAGCUUGUACAAGAAUUAAAAGUUGCAGUUGCCAAAACUGAAGCGAAACCCACAACUAAAGUCGUAUCCAAAGUAACUGAGCAAACAAAAGUACAAGAAUCAAAACCUGAGGCCAAGCCUAAAGUACCAGAUCACACCAAGGAACAAGUUCAGCUUGUACAAGAACUAAAAGUUACAGUUGCCAAAACUGAAGCCAAACCUACAACUAAAGUCGAAGCCAAAGUAACUGAACAAACCAAAGAUCAAGAGUCAAAACCUGACAUCAAGCCCAAAGUACCAGGUCAGACCAAGGAACAAGCCCGGCUUGUACAAGAACUAAAAGUAUUAGUUGCUAAAACUGAAGUCAAAUCUACAACUAAAGUCGAAUCCAAAGAAACUGACCAAACCAAAGGUCAAGAGCUAAAAUCUGAGGUCAAACCCAAAGUAUCCAACCAAACCAAGGUACAAGGCCAGAUUGUACAAGAACUAAAAGUUGCAGUUACCAAAACUGAAGCCAAACCUACAACCAAAGUCGAAUCCAAAGUAACUGAGCAAGCCAAACAACAAGAGCUAAAACCCAAAGUAUCAGGCCAGACCAAGGAACAAGACCAGUUGAUACAGCAAUUGAAAGCCGCAGUCGCUAAUACUGAUAUUGUAACCAAACAAUACCGUCAGGCUAAGGUUCAAAUAGAAGUUGCAAGCACUAACACUUCAAGUUCUUCCGAUAGGACAUUAGUCCCGGAACCUUUUCCAACUGCAGCGACAACAACCAUAACAACUACAGACGUACUCCAAUCAGAGGACUCCACCUUAAAACAAAUCCAGACCCCGGAAUCCGAAGCGGCCGAGGAACACCACCUACCAAAGAUCCAAGCCGUCGAACCUCUCGUCCAGAUCAACAAACCCAGAGUUUUGGAAGAAGUAGUGCCCUACGUGGUAAAACCUCCUCCGGAAUUAGUGCCCGGCAGUGCUGUCGAUAAGUUGUACAGUGUGGAAAAGUCGGGUGUUAGUGACGUAGUUUUAACGGACUUCAAAGUCGGUGUCGAGGUAAAUGUUGAGGUAGGCGACGACAUGAGUCGAAGAUACACUUCAUCAGCGCGCUCAGAGGGAGGCUACGAAUCCUCUUAUAGCAGAAGAGCGGGACAGUCUCCGUAUUCAUCAGAUGCGCUGUCUUCACGUUACAGCACGGAAACUGGUUCCAGCAAGUACGGCACAGAAAUCGGUUCGAGCAAGUAUGGCAUAGAAAUCGGUUCGAGCAAGUACGGCACAGAAAUCGGUUCGAGCAAGUACGGCACAGAAACCGGUUCGAGCAAGUACGGCACGGACACUGGUUUGAGCAAGUACGGUACAGACUCAGCUCUAACUGGAGGCUCCAAGUAUGAUGACUACACCUCAAAAUACAGCAAAAAAUCUUAUUCGACUGAUAUCGGAGAUACGUCUAGUUACAACACAAGGAAACCGCUAACAGAACUAGGAGAUAACGAGUACAGCUACUCCAGGAAGUCGAUACGGUCAUCGGCCACAGGUGACGAUGACAGUUCUUACUCCAAGAGGUCCUCCAGAUCCAUCACUAGAACUUCAGGAGAAACUGGGGACGCUGAUAGUUACUAUUCGAGACGCAGCCUUAAAACAAGUCUGGAGGGAGUAGGCGAUGGAGAUGGGUAUGCCAUCAGAAAAUCGAUCAAAACCUCCGUCGAAGGCACAGGCAUCGAACCGUCGGAGACCAACGAAACUUACAGCUACAGCUCAAAGCUGGGUCUUGGGUCAGACAUAGGAUCUAAGUACGCCAUAAGGUCCACCUCUGCUGAAGAUGCUGACGGCAGCAGCAAAUACACAAGGAGAGGCAUAACGAGUCGAGAUGAUGACGAAGAAGCCCUUAUGGCUAAGUACUCUCCGAGGUACUCUUUAGAUAAGAGAGCUCUGGGCGAAGAGGAAGAAGAUAAGUACGCUAAAUAUUCUAGGAAGUAUGCCAAGACGGAGACUUCUACGGAAAGGAAAUCCUACAAGGACGAUGAAGAUAACAAAUAUUCUAGGAAAUAUUCCAGGGCAGACUCCAAAGAUAAAAAAAGAGGCGAAGAAGAGGAAGACGCGUACGAAAAGUACGCUAGAAAGUACUUAAGGAAAGAAGCUUCUGUCGACGUAGGAAGUAAAACGGAAAAAGCAGAACCAGAAGAGGACGUAUACGCUAAGUAUUCUAGAAAAUAUUCUAGAACUGACUCUAGUGAGAAAAAGUCGAAUAAGGAGGACGAGUCAACUUCAAUAAAGAUUUCUUCAGCAGUCAACGGCAAAGAAGCGAAAUCUGACUUAUACGAAUCUAAAGAAUUUAAAUCAGAAUCCCGAGAAGCUAAAUCAGAAUCCAAGUCCACCAAGACUGAAUCGUAUUCCUCGGAAACAAGGUCUUCUCAAGCUAGGGAAGAAAAAUCCGAAAGCAGGUCAUCUCAGGCUAAAGAAGAAAGAUCCGAAACCAGAUCGUCCCAGGCUAGAGAAGAAAAGUCCGAAACAAGAUCAUCGUCUACAGCUAGGCAGUCCGAGGCCUCAAAGGAAAUGAAAUCCGAGUCGUACGGAUCCAGAUCUGAGCUAGACUCCAGUUCCAAGACACAGAGAACGGCUCGUGAAAAAUCUGCCGAGGAAAAGAUUAGAUCGGAGACGUACGGAUCCAAAUCCGAGCAAGACUCUAUUUCGUUGACGAUGAGAAGCACCCGUGAGAAAUCGGCCGAAGAGAAGCUGGAGGAACUCGAUGACAAACCCAAAUUCAUUAAAACUAUACGCGGUGCGAGUGUUGAACCUGGCGAAACCGCAUAUUUCGAGGUGUCCUUAUCUAAGAAACCAGCCUCCCUCCUUUGGCUGAAAGACAACAAGCCGAUAAACGGGACCAAAGACGCCAGGAUAGAAACCGCCACGUCGGGGCAAGACUGCAAACUUAUCAUUAGGAGGGUUAAGGAAGAAGACGCGGGCAUCUACUCGGCGAUCGCCCAAAACGAAAAGGGGAAAUCUUCAUGUUCCGCACAGCUUAUAGUGCAUGCGUUAACAACAGAAGAGCGAACUGCUAGAGUUGAAACGGACAAGCCAGAAUUUUUGGUGUCUAUGAAAGAUGCCGAACUAUUGGAAGACACUUACCUCCGUUUCAUGGUAAAAGUAGCAGGAGAACCCAAUCCAGAAGUUACUUUCUACAAAGAUGGUACGAAGAUCCCUGAGAACACUGAGCGUUAUCAAGUGAUCAGAGAGCAUUCAGACAGCGGUUUUUAUGAACUGAUCAUUCCGGUAGUGAAGAAAUCUGACGCUGGCCUCUACAAAUGUAUCGCCAAGAACAAGUUUGGAGAAUCUACAUCAGAAGCCACGGUAACAGUGACAGAAAACAAACAGAUAUUUGAGGACAUGCCGGAAGGCGAAAUCCUUCCUCCCGGGGAGAAACCGGUCUUCCACUGGAAGAAAGACGGCGCCCCCUUCGAACCCGAAGAGCGCUUCAAGGUCCUCAUGGGCGACGACGAAGACUCUCUCGCCCUGGUCUUUCAAAAGGUCCGACCCGACGACGUAGGCCUCUACACCUGUGUAGCUCAGACGUCCCGGGGGCACAUCAGCUGCAGCGCUGAACUAACCGUUCACGGGACAGUCAAUCAACUAUUCAGAGAACCAGAGAAACCGUCUCUGACUAUUAUAAAAAAGAAUCCUAUCGUCAAUGUAGGUGGGUCGGCUAUGUUGGAGCUCCAAGUCAAAGGCUACCCUAAGCCUAGCGUCAAGUGGACCCAUGAAGGGAAAACAAUUGAAGCGAGCAGUAAAUAUAAGCUGCUGUACGAAGAUGAAGAAAGUAUGUCGCUGGUUAUAAAGAACGUUCAAUCGGAUGAUGCGGGAAUAUACACCUUCACAGCAGAAAAUGAAUUGGGAAGCGAUACUGCUGAAAUGAAACUUACUGUAAAAGUACGAAAGAUAAACGAAUGUUUUAUAAGCAACGAACGCCAAGUCCACAUAAUAGCACCACCAAAAAUUAAAACUAAAAUGGAAGAUGUAUCCGUCCACGCCGACAUACUCCUAAAGAUGGACGUGGAAGUCGAAGGUAUUCCAAAACCAACAGUCCAGUUCUAUAAGGACGGAAAAAUCAUCAAGGAAAGCGACAGGAUUAAAAUUGAGGAAUCGGGAGAAAAGCAUACUCUAGUCAUUGAAAAAACUUCCUUAAAAGAUACAGGUUCUUACUCGGUGGUAGCGACAAACGAAUUAGCCCAAGUGUCCCAGUUCUGGAACCUGGACGUCUACAGCAAGCCGAAAGUGUUGGAAAAACUAGGAGCCGACAAAGUAGUCUCGCAAGGGGAAAACCUGGAACUGAAGCUCAAACUGGAAUCAGAACCUAAACCGACCGUCAAGUGGUACAAAGACGAGGAAGAGAUCAAAUCCGAUGAGCACUAUGUCAUCAAGGACGACGGAGACGUUUACAUGCUAAGAAUUACCGGAGCCGUAACCACCGAUGCUGCAAGGUUCAAAUGCAAGGCGGUUAAUAUACACGGGAGUGUUGACGAUGACGUCGUGGUGAACGUUAAGAAGGCCCCUAAGAUCACCAAGGGCUUGCAAAACAUGACUGUGAAGGAACAUGAUAACAAUGUAACGUUCGACGUCAAAUUGGAGGCUUUCCCCCAACCCACCGUCAAAUGGUAUUUAGAUGAGGUGGAGAUCCAAGAAACAAGAACUGAAUUCACAAGGCAAGAGUCUCACGACGGGGUUCAACUCGUGAUUAAAGAAGUUACCAGUGAACUGUCAGGUCAAUACACUUGCAAACUAAGCAAUGAAUGCGGUAGCGCCGAGACCAGCGCCAAACUUACUGUUAAUUGUGCACCGCGUAUUAUUAAACAACUGGAGGAUGUGACCGUCGAGGAAGGAGCGACUCUGCACUUGGAAGUGGAAGUCGACGGUUGCCCACCGCCGACAGUGAAAUGGUUGAGGAACGGACGUGAAGUAUCUGCCGAUGCUCGAAUCAAAAUAAGUAAAGAUAAGCACCGCGAUGAGACGUACAAUCUAGCCGUGGACCUUAUAAAGUACGAGGAACAAGGGGAAUAUGAAGUCAUCGUGACGAAUUGUAUGGGGACUGUAUCCAGCAAGAGUAUAGUCACAGUGCAAAAAGUGACACACACCGAUGCCAUUGAGGAACUCGAGGAACCGCCGAAAAAAGUUAAAUUCGAAGUUCUCGAAGACGAGCCAGAAGAACCUAAACCCAAAGAGAAGCCAAAAGGUACUCUUACUGAAAUCGAGGUAAAAGAAUCUAGUAUUAAAUCGCCCGAACCGAUUGUUGAAGAGCCUCCUUCGCCUAAAGUACUCAGAAGGGCUAGUUCCACCAUCAUCGAAGAGGUCGAGCAGGUCGACAUCGACGAAGACGCGCACAAACCUAAAGAUGUAGAGGAAACGAUAUUAGAGCAAAAGAAACCCAAAAGAGGGAUUUCAGUGCAAAUUGAAGAAGUUGAAACGGUUGAGAGCAAAGCCGAUACACCUACACCAGCUAAAGAAGAAGAUCUGCCUCGUCCUUCAUUGAAAAAGGGAGUUUCCGCCACCAAGGAAGACAUUGAUCUAAUAGAGGACGAAGAUAUUCAAAAAACACCGAAGACACCUAUUGAGACAGACAUUGACGCUAAUAAAAAAUUAAAAAGAGGCGUGUCGGCUAGCGUUGAAAACGCUGAUCUUAUAGAAGAUCAAAAGGAAGAACCGCAAACUCCUUUAGAAACUGACGUAGAUUCGGCAAGACAGUUAAGGAGAGGGAUAUCAGCUAAAAAAGAGACCAUUGAGGUAGUCGAAGACGAAACUACAAAACCAAAAACACCAACCACAAUCGCGGAUGAACCUGAGCUUGCACCUUCAAAAGCCAAAAGGGCCGUAAUCGAAGAUAGAAAGGAAGUAGAAAUCGAUGAGGAAGAAAUAGCCCCAAGGAAAAUUAAAGAAGAAACACUUGAAAGACAGGAAAGCCAGAAAGGCAAAAGAGACUACGAUGAGGAAGAAAUAGAUAAAAGAACUGAGGAACUAUUGAGAAAAGCUCAGAAGCAAAGAAGCCUGGUGGAAGAAAUAACUGAAAAGCCAAGUAAAGCAGAAGCCAUCCCGAUGAUCCUGGAAACGAACAUGAAAGACGGGUCUAGACCAGAAUCUCUAGACAUAACAUACAUUGUAAAGGGCACUGCGAAUCCACCUCCAGAGGUAACUUGGCUACAUGACGGAAAAGAAAUAAAGCCGGACAGUAAUUUAAGAGUAACCACCAGUCAGAAGGGGGAAGAGUUUCGCCUGGAGAUAAAGAAGUUGGACCUGAAAGACUCCGGUGUGUACCAGUGCGUCUUGAAGAAUCCCGUUGGAGAUGUCAAGCAACAAGCGGUCUUGGAUGUAACACCUGAAAGGGACCUGCGUCGGCCAAAAAUAAAAGAAGGACUGAAGGACCAAUCGGUUGUGAAGAAAAACACGGUUACGUUUAAGGCUGUCGUAAUUGGAGACCCCGUUCCAGAUGCUGCUUGGCUGCAUAACGGCAAAGAAAUGACAGAAGAAGAUUUUGAAAAUAAUAAGAUUAUAUUGGAAACGGAAGAUCAAGAAAUUGAGGACGGACUAAAUGAAUGCACAUAUAAACUAACAAUCCCAAGAUGCGACGUUUCCAAUACCGGAAAAUACACCAUCAAGCCCAAGAACAAGUGGGGCGAGUGUGAAAGCAGCGCGAAACUAACCAUCGUCAUGCGUCCGGAAAUUGAAGGACCCGAGGACGUCACUGUUGUUCCAGGGGAAGCCACAGAAUUUACAAUCGUGGUGCAGGCAAACCCGGAACCGCAGGUUAUUUGGUACAAAAAUGACCAGCCUAUUCAAGCUAGCGAUCUCAUCAAAAUAGUGGAAGAUAGAGCGAAUGAGACAUACAAACUUGUCUUCCAUAAGGUGAUGUUAGCCGAUGAGGGAUACUACAAAGUGACAGCUUCGAACGAGCUAGGAGAGGCUAGUUCCGAAGCACGGUUGAAGACAGUUAAAGAAACAGAGCCGACCACCGAAAGACCCAAAUUCAUCACUGGGUUGGUCGAUGAACAAGUCGAACAUCAGGGAGAAAUUGCAGUCAUGGUGCGUGCCGAUGGCUUACCCAAGCCCGAAAUUCGUUGGUACUGUAACGGUAAACCUAUCGAGGAAGACGCGAAGCACAAGAUAGAGACUCAAACCGAGAAACAAGUCACAAGCAAGUUAACCAUAACUGACUUUGAUGAGGCAAACACCGGAAUUUACAAAGCAGUAGCAACAAACAUAGUUGGCGAAGCUGGCACAACGUCCCGCAUUUCUAUGUUACAAACGCCUCCUUCCUUCGGAAAGAAAUUAGACAAGAAUCUGGACGUAAAUGAAGGAGAACCCCUAGAGUUGAAAGCAAAGAUAAAUGGUAGUCCAAAACCAGUUGUGGAAUGGUUUAAAGAUGGCGAACCUGUGCCUGUCAAAGAUGACAGUAUUAAAACUAGCACACUACCUGAUGGUACCGUAAAGUUAAACAUAGAAAGAUGCAAGCCGUCCGACAGUGGUGCCUACAAGUUAGUAGUCAAGAAUCCCAACGGUGAAACAGCUUGCCUCUGUGCGGUGGCUGUAACACCGAAACCAAAGCGACCGAAAUUCCUCAAAUGCUUCAAAGACACUAAACUACCGAUUGGCGAGACUUUGCGUCUCGAAGCUAAAGUCGAAGCCUAUCCACCACCAGAAAUUAAAUGGCUGAAGGACGGAAUACCAGUACGACCGUCGUCGAAUGUCCAUACCGAGAACUACCCUGACGGUCGGGUGGCUUUAGUUGUCGACAUUAUGAAGCCUGACAAUGCAGGAAACUAUCAAUUAAUAGUGAGCAACAAACUCGGUGAAGCCGUAGGUGAAGCUAAAGUAGAGGUAGAAAGGAAACCGACGAAACCAGAUUUCAUUCAAAGGUUAGCGCCGCAAACAGUCGUCGAAGGAUUCCCAGUUAAAUUAGAAGUGAAAGCGGAAGGUUUUCCUGCACCUAAAAUUACAUGGACCAGAAACGGAGCGGAAGUCAUUUCGGACAACAAACACAUUAAGAUCAUCGAACAACCUGAUGGAAGCAGCGCUCUUCUCUUGGACGCUGCUGAUGUUGCGAGAGACGCCCUCACCUACAAGGCCAUAGCUUCAAACGAGGCAGGAGAAUCGGACACAUCUGCCCCACUUACUGUCAAACCGUCCGCCAAACCGGACGAACCUGAGGAACGACCGAUGUUCUUACAUGCCCUCAGGGAUGUUUUAACUGACGAAGGCGAGCCUCUCAUUUUGGAGGCGCCGUUUACUGGUAAUCCCAUUCCAAGUGUCGAAUGGACUAAAGACGGGGAACCGAUUGUACCUUCUGAGAGAAUUCUGUUGACUUGCGACGGAAGAAGGGUUGGUCUCAAGAUUGACCACUCUGUUCCCUCUGACGCUGGCGUUUACGGUGUAACCAUUAUCAAUCCUCUUGGAAAGGAGUCCACUAAAGGCAAGGCGACUGUCAGGAAAGUGUUUAUGCCUCCAUCUUUCACUCAAAGGUUUACUGACUUACAACAGCUGCCUGGUAGAGAUGCCAAAUUCCCAUGCAGAGUUAGCGGAGUGCCACAGCCUGAGGUCACUUGGAGUAAAGAUGGGGUACCGCUACGCAACACAGAUAAGUAUCACAUUAAGAGAGACGGAGACCUGUGUUGUUUAUAUGUGGCGGACUGUGACGAAAGCGACGUUGGAGUGUAUACUGCCACUGCCACAAAUCGUGAGGGUCAAGCCGAGUGUACUGCUACUUUGGAUGUCGUCAAGGAAAUAAAAUCUCCACAGAAGAUUGAACCGCCAGUGUUCCUCAAACGUAUCGGGGACACAGAACUAUUCAAAGCUAUGACUGCCAAGUUUACGGCAUGUGCUUCCGGCAUACCGGAACCAAACGUCGAAUGGUUUCAUAAUGAUCAGAAAAUAUUCCCUUCGACCAGGAUCAAAAUGGACAAAGACACUGCCGGGUUACUGCGACUCACAAUCUCAGGAGUCGAUGAAGACGAUCUCGGAAAAUACACGUGCAAAAUCAGCAAUGAACACGGUAGCGACAUCUGUCACGCUUACCUGAAAUUCGACGAAGGUAUUGAGCCCAAACCAAAACGUCCAAUCACGGACCAAUAUACGGAAUUUGACAAGUACAAGAAGAGCGGAGCUCCAAUGCCAAUCUCCGACCCACCGAUCAUCUCCCAAAUGACCGAUAGACACUGCACCUUGUCUUGGAAACCAUCGAUCCCGAGUGGACCUAGAGCACCCGUUACUUACCAACUAGAAAUGUGCGAAUUACCAAGUGGGGAUUGGUUUACGGUUAGAUCCGGCAUCAGAAGUUGUACUUGCGGAGUUAGAAAUCUGGAACCAUUCAGAAACUACAAAUUUAGAGUUCGUGUAGAGAACAAAUAUGGAAUCAGCGAUCCAUCACCGUUCGCGAUAACCCACAGAGAUAAAUUAGAACCAGAACUACCCAAGUUCAGGCCCUACCUACCUCCCGAAAUUGAUUUCCGUCCAGAAACUUCUCCGUAUUUCCCCAAAGAUUUCGAUAUCGAAAGACCACCUCACGACGGCAUGGCCCAAGCCCCGAGGUUCUUGCGCCGGGAACACGACACACAGUAUGGCAUCAAAGACCAAAAUUCCAACCUGUUUUGGUUCGUUUAUGGCUAUCCUAAACCAAAAAUGACAUACUAUUUCAAUGACGAAUUAAUAGAGCCAGGCGGUAGAUUUGACAUGAGCUAUACCAGGAAUGGCCAAGCAACGUUGUUUAUAAAUAAGAUGUUGGAGAGAGACGUGGGUUGGUACGAGGCGGUAGCUAAGAACGAACAUGGGGAAGCAAGGCAACGGGUUCGAUUAGAGAUAGCUGAAUUACCCUACUUUAUCAGGAGACCUGAGAUUGAAUACGUAAUGCUGAGAGGCAAGGCUAGAUUCCAAGCCAGGAUAGUCGGAGUACCGUAUCCGGAGAUUAAAUGGUACAAGGACUGGAAGCCAUUGGCUGCCUCGUCCAGAAUUAAAAUAGCAUUCAUCGAGCCUGAUACAACAGUAUUGACAAUUAACGAUGUUAUUCUCAAAGACGAGGGUCUGUACUCUGUAAGCGCCAGGAAUGUCGCUGGUACGGUUUCCAGCAGUGCAAUGUUGCACGUUGAAGAAAAUGAGCACGAAUACAGACUCCGCAAUUACACCAAUUUGUCUCCCAUCAAGACCAAGAAACGUCUUUACACAGAUUUGUACGAUAUUGGUGACGAACUUGGGCGGGGAACGCAGGGCGUGACGUACCACGCAGUGGAAAGACUUAACGGUCGCAACUACGCUGCCAAGAUAAUGCACGGAAGCGGAGACCUGCGGCCUUUCAUGUACAACGAGCUGGAUAUGCUCAACGAACUUCGUCACAAGAAAUUGAUUUCCUUAUACGAUUCCUAUGAGAAUGAAGAUUGUUUAGCCUUGAUAUUGGAGCUCGGCGCUGGCGGCGAGCUAGUCAAGGACUAUUUGUUGAAGCAAGACUACUACACAGAGAGCGACAUUGCCGGUUUUAUGAGGCAGCUGCUUCAGGGCCUGGAUUACAUGCACGACAGAGGCUACGGUCACAUGGGACUCAAUCUGGGAGACCUUCUAAUAUCACACCCAGGCGGAGACGAUCUGAAAAUCACCGACUUUAGCUUAACGAGGAGGAUCGAGCAUGGAAACUACUACCCCCUGAAAUACGGCAUGCCAGAAUACGUCAGCCCAGAAGUGAUCAACGGUGAUGGCGUUGGAUAUGGACAGGAUAUGUGGAGUGUUGGUAUCAUGACGUACAUAUUACUGUCCGGCAGAUCUCCUUUCAGAGGAGCUAAUGAUAGAGAAACUCUGACCAACAUCCGUGAAGGAAGAUGGACAUUCGAUGAUAGUUGGUGGUCUAGGAUAAGCGUCGAAGGAAAAGAUUUCAUUUCCAGACUCCUGGUUUAUGAUACCGAAGGCAGGAUGAACGUCCGUGAUGCUCUGAGGCACCCGUGGCUAGAAAAAGCCGACAAGAGAUACCAAGAUGAAUUCCAAAUUAGAUCGACAUAUCUUAGCGACUAUUGGAGACUGUACAGGGAAUGGUAUGACAACGCCUCUUGUAGGAGAUGGUUCCGACGACGACCCCUCGAAGGAGCUUUUACUCAUCCAUCGAAAAUGGUCUACCCACCGGGAGAGUACUAUUCCCCCAGAGCUACACCCGCUCCUCUGGACAAGACUGCGAGGACAAGAACCACUUGGGAAGAUCAGCUGCCCACUAGGUCUCCACUUAACUACGAGAUUGGUGUUAUUAAAUCGGAGAGUCACUAUCAGAAUGGACCAGACACCUAUCUGCUGCAACUCAGAGAUGUCGACUUCCCUGUACGUCUGCGUGAAUAUAUGAAGGUCGCAGCUAACCGUGGACCAGGAUCAGGAUACAUCGUGUCCGACGAAAACGGUUAUGAUUGGGGAACGCCUAUAAUUCGGGAACGUCGUCGUUUUACCGAUAUUAUGGACGAAGAAAUAGACGAUGAAAGAAAAGCCCGCAUUAACCGGUACGGCGCAGCUGAAAGGGACCCUACUAUACGCCGCUUAAGACACGAAAUAGGCGCCCGCUUGGACACCUACGUGGAAGCCGAGGCAUUCUUAGAAUCCAAGCAGGACGGACGAUUACCGUUCUUUAGGGAAAAACCAAAGUUUACCGCAAUGGUCGAAGGAAAAGACUUGGAACUUACCUGUUUGGCAGUGGGUGAACCCCAACCGAUUGUCCAGUGGUUCAAAAAUGAUGCAAUUGUUGCGGAAUCCCAUCGUGUCAAAAUAAUAACCGACGCACAAGGCAGGUCACAUUUGAGGCUCUCUCCAGCUCUCGGCUUUGAUCAGGGUAUGUAUAAGGUGGUGGCCCGCAACAAGGUUGGUCAGACCAUCGCAAGGACUAGGAUCGUGUUGGGUCUGGUACCCGACGAGCCAGACAGUCCGGAAGCAAGCCAGAUAUCUGACACCGAAAUUUUGCUCACGUGGAAACAACCUAAAUUUGAUGGCAACGCCCCUGUGAUUUGCUACAGGCUUGAAUAUAAGUUGGCGGACGAGACCGAGUGGACCAAAAAGGCUGCUAAUAUCGAUCACGAGUUUUACCUCAUAGGGGACUUGGAGCCUAGCAAGAGUUACAUAUUCAGGUUGGCUGCUAGGAAUUCUAUUGGAUGGAGUGAUGCCGGAGUACCAUCAGCUGCCGUUACGACUAAACCUUCAGAAUCUCCCAAGAUUAAAUUGACCAAAGCAAUGUUCCAUCUACAACAAAUUACUGACAGCGGAAAAGAAGUAGAAGAAGAAACUAAACAACAAUACGAUUACCAAAUAGAAUCCAAUCCUGUCGAAUGGGAAGAUUCCAACGUUGAGGAACUGUACGACUUUAUUUCAGAGAUUUACAGAGGAAGAUUCUCCCAUGUCCUGAAGGCAGCAAACAAACUUACCGAUGAUGUCGUAGUAGCCAAAAUAUUCGAUUACAAGGAGAACAGGAGACACGAUGUUGACGGUGAAUUUGCCGCUUUGAGGUCGUUGAGGCACGAGAGAAUAGCUAGUCUACUAGCCGCUUACCGUACAACUGACACGGCAGUUUUUAUUUUAGAAAAGUUACAGGGCGCCGACAUUCUCACCUACUUAGCAAGCAAACACGAAUACACCGAACAGACUGUAGCCACAAUAGUGACUCAGAUAUUGGACGGAAUACAAUAUCUGCACUGGAGAGGACUGUGCCAUUUGGAUCUUCAACCGGACAACGUUGUCAUGAGCGGAGUCCGUUCCGUGCAAGUGAAAUUAGUAGAUUUAGGAGCAGCACAUCGAGUCACUAAACUGGGUACAAAAGUACCCAUUGUCGGUCAUCCUGAUUAUAUUUCUCCAGAAGUGUUAGCCGAAGAGCCUGCUUUCCCGCAAUCUGACAUUUGGACCAUCGGUGUACUGACCUACAUAAUGCUUUCUGGAACUGUACCAUUCCGUGGCCAAGACGAAAACGAGAGUCGUCAGAACAUACUAUUCGUAAGAUACAGGUUUGAACACCUUUACCAAGAAGUCACACAAGAAGCAACCAGGUUCCUAAUGUUACUCUUUAAACGUCAUCCAAAUAAACGACCUUCACCGGAAGAAUGUCACGAAAACCGCUGGCUCUUGCCUACGGAUUAUAUGAUUAAGAAGAGAGAAAGGGCUGUUUUCCUAGGACACAGGAUCAAAGAAUACUCCGAGGAAUACCACAAUGAGAAAACACAGUUAUCGCAGAAGUCUACCAGCUCGCUGGGGGCAAAACUUAUCAAAACGCACAGCAUACAGGAGGAAUUGUUGACUGCACCUUAGCGGAUUAGUAUUAGUUUGUAAAUAAUGUUUAUAUGUUAAUAUAUAUUUUAUUGAUCUUACGGAUGAUACUAAACUGAAAUUUAUUUAUGUAUUGUAUCAGUGAUAUGAGCAAAUUUGAUUUUUUUUUGGAACAAUUUUGGGUUUUUGGUUUUUUGUUUCGAAGACUAAUUUUAAGGAAAUAGAAGCAUCCUGUUAUUUGAGACUCACAUGAAGAUUUUAUUUCAAUAAAGAAAAUAAAUUAUUA